GUCGUUGCGUCUGACAACAGGACAGUGCAGCGUGUGAGUUGAUGUUGUUACUCUGUGACCGGAAACAGCUAGUGUUAUGGCCGGUAAAGGAGGAAAACAAAACCGCUCCGGCGCUGCUAUGUCAGCCGGUAAGGGGGCAGGAGGAGAAGACGAAGAAGACCAGCCACUGCAGGCGGUUUUAAUCGCUGACAGUUUUAACCGAAGGUUUUUUCCUGUGACCAAGGACCAGCCGCGGGUCCUGCUCCCUCUCGGUAACGUCGCUAUAAUCGACUACACGCUGGAGUUUCUCACAUCCACGGGUGUACAGGAGACGUUUGUCUUCUGCUCCUGGAUGGCCACGAAAAUCAGGGAUCACUUGCUGAAGUCCAAGUGGUGUCGACCCACCUCAUCCAAUAUAGUCCAUAUCAUCACUUCAGACCUGUACCGAUCUUUGGGAGAUGUUCUCAGAGAUGUGGAUGCAAAGAACCUCGUACGUUCAGACUUUGUUUUGGUUUAUGGGGAUGUCGUGUCCAAUGUGGACAUCAGCCAGGCACUGCAAGAGCACAGGCAUCGCCGAAAGACGGAGAAGAAUGUGUCGGUGAUGACUAUGAUCUUCAAAGAAUCAACACCAGGUCACAGGUCCCGCUGUGAGGAAGAUGACAUUGUUGUGGUCAAUGACAGGAGGAGUCAGAGGAUUUUACAUUACCAGAAGACCCAGGGAUUGAAAAAGUUACAGUUUCCUAUGAACAUGUUCCACAGCACAAGCGAUGAGUUUGAAAUCAGACACGACCUGCUCGACUCUCACAUCAGUAUAUGCUCUCCACAGGUUGCAGAGCUCUUCACUGAUAAUUUUGAUUAUCAGACAAGGGAUGACUUUGUCAGAGGAAUCCUAGUAAAUGAAGAGAUCUUGGGAAACCACAUACACAUGAACGUCAUCAACGAUGGCUACGGAGUCAGAGUGUCCAACCUCCUUAUGUACGACUCGGUGUCGUCGGACCUCGUGAGACGGUGGUUUUACCCACUCACUCCGGAGGCCAACUUCACGGACCAGAAGGAAUGGAGCUGCACUUACUCUCGUCACAACGUUUACAGAGGCACUGGUGUCAGUCUGGGCCACGGCAGCCAGAUGGAGGAGAACGUCCUCAUUGGCUGUAAUACCAGCAUUGGGGCAAACUGCCGCAUUUCCCACAGUGUGAUCGGUAACAACUGCACCAUCGGAGAUAAUGUCAACCUAAACCAUGCUUACAUCUGGAGUAACGUUCACAUUGACAGUAAUGUGACUGUCAGUCAGUCUGUGCUCUGUGACAACACGGUGGUCAAAGAAAAUGUGACACUGAAUAAGCAGUGCGUCCUUGCCUACAAUGUGGUGAUCGGACCAAACUUCUCUCUUCCUGAGGGCACUGUCGUGUCCAUGCAUCACCCAGAACAGGAGGAAGAGGAUGAUGAUGAUGAUGAAUUCUUAAGUGAUGAUGCUGAUAUUGGUGAAAGUAAAGGAAAAAACAAACAAAAAGUUUUUAAUCCAGCAGAGGUUGGCGCAGAAGGACAAGGCCACAUUUGGAAGGCAAGCAACCUAGACGAUACUGAAGACGAGGAGCUGUCACAGUGUCUCUGGGGGUUAGUGUUAAACCCUGAACUUGAGAGUGACAGUGAGGAUAGCGAGCCUGAUGGCCAAGAUGAUCCUCAAAUUCCGUCACCGGAGAUGGACGACGUUAAAGGUGAGAGAGUUGGCCAAGAUAUUUAUUUAAAUUUGUUUAAACAUGAACCAGUCAUCAUAAUUCGUUCACUUUGCACUGAGAUUGCUGUGCUCAUGCCGUUACUGAAAAAGUGGUCUCCAGUGUUUAAGAACUAUGUGAAGAGAGCACAGGAUUAUCUGGAAUGUUUGUGUGCUUUCGAAGAAUUCUUUCUGGAGCAGGAGAAUUACUGGGCCGCCAUGGCUAAGGUCCUGAUGGAAAUGUACCAGCUGGAGGUCCUGGAGGAGGAGAUGAUACUUAGGUGGUUUUCCCAGGGAACGACUACAGAUAACAGCAGACGGCUCCGCAAAAACCAAGGGCUUCAGAAGUUGAUUAAGUGGCUAGAGGAGGCAGAGGAGUCAUCGGACGAGGGAAACUAAGAAGGAGCGUAAAGAAAAGGCGGAAGAAUAUUCACUAAAGCCUUUAAGAGUUUGUGUGAAUAAUAAUAAUAAAAAAAAAAA